AUGGAUUCUGCGCUAGCGAACCAGAUCGGCCCGUUCAUACCUCUCGGCGGCAUCGUGGGUGCCGCGGUGCUCUGCGCCGUCAUCUGGGCCGUGUGCCGCUGCUGCCGGGACGGCGCCAAGGACGGCUGCGGCGGCGGCGUGUCGGCGACGGGGAAGCACGAGGGGCUCUUGGACAAGACCAAGGACGUCGUCGUUGCCGUUCCCGAGCCGAGUGGGGGCGGCCAGCAGCGGGGCGACCCGGGCGGCGACGGCGACGGCGACGUGGAGCUGUGCGCGAUCUGCAAGGCGCCGCUGGCGGAGGAGGGGUGGGGCGGGUGCCGGCGGCUGCGCCCGUGCGGGCACGUCUACCACGUGGACUGCGUCGGCCUGUGGCUCCAGCGCCGGUGGGUCUGCCCCGUGUGCCGGGCCGACGUCGCCGUGUCGCCGACCGAGAUCAUGGACGCGAUAGUGUGA